AUGGCGGUUGCACUACGGGGCGGCCGUGGAGGAUCUGGUGGCGGAUCGGCACUUCGGAAGUUCUUCUCUUACCGGAUUUUUGUCUCUGCCAUGUUCACCCUCCUCUUCCUCGCCACUCUUUCCGUUCUCUUCUCCUCUCACCCCUACGACAGCGAUUCCAUCUGCUUGCAAAUAAGCCGAUAUGGCGGUUGCACUACGGGGCGGCCGUGGAGGAUCUGGUGGCGGAUCGGCACUUCGGAAGUUCUUCUCUUACCGGAUUUUUGUCUCUGCCAUGUUCACCCUCCUCUUCCUCGCCACUCUUUCCGUUCUCUUCUCCUCUCACCCCUACGACAGCGAUUCCGUGAGUCUGUCUCUCUAUACACACGCAUUUAUGCAUAG